AUGUCUGACGAGAUUGUCUGGCAGGUGAUUAACCAGCAAUUCUGCUCUUACAAACUCAAAACCACCAAAGGCCAAAAUUUCUGCCGCAAUGAAUACAACGUCAGCGGACUCUGCAACCGCCAGUCCUGCCCGCUGGCCAACUCGCGCUAUGCGACAGUACGCUCGGACCCCGAGACCGGAGCCAUGUACCUGUACAUGAAGACCAUUGAGCGCGCACACAUGCCGAACAAGUGGUGGGAACGAGUGCGGCUGUCGUCCAACUACGCCAAGGCGCUGGAGCAGCUCGACGAGCGGCUGAUCUACUGGCCGAAGUUCCUGAUCCACAAGUGCAAGCAGCGUCUCACGCGUCUGACGCAGGUGAACAUCCGCAUGAAGAACAUCGCCAAGGAGGACGACCGGCUCGGCGAGAAGAUCGUGCCCAAGCUGGCGCCCAAGGUCCGUCGGCGAGAGGAGACCCGCGAGCGCAAGGCCGAGUCGGCUGCCAAGGUUGAGCGCGCUAUCGAGCGUGAACUGAUUGAGCGGCUGCGUAGCGGGGCCUAUGGUGAUCGCCCGCUCAAUGUCGAGGAGGGCAUCUGGAAGAAGGUUCUUCGUGGCUUGGAGCGUGCGGGUGAGGGUGAGCGCGAUGAGGAUAUGGAUGAUGGCGAGGAGAUUGAGGACGAGGAGGAAGAGGGUGUCGGUGAAGUCGAGUAUGUCAGUGAUCUGGACGAGGAGGAGGAUCUCGAGGAUAUUGAGGACUGGCUGGGUGGCGAAUCUGCCGAUUCGAGCGACGAAGAUGACGAAAAUGAGGAUGAGAGCGACGAUGAGAGCGAGUCUGGCAGCGAGCCGCCCAGCGAAGAGGAGAAGAAGCCCAAGCCUGGCGCCAAGCGCAAGCAUCCCGCCCCGCAGGCGAAGCCCCGGAAGAAGGGCCCUCGCAUCGAAAUCGAAUACGAGACCGAAGGUGCUGGCAAGGAACAUGCCAUGGCGUAA